AAUGUGGGGAUGAAAUUAUAAUUCACCCAAAAUAAAUCAACAAUUGUGAAUUGUGAAGGUGCGGUGGCGCACACUGGGAAGCCAACGGUACAGUGACCUACGAUGGGUAAGAUGUGAAACCUCUCAAUCUAGAGACUGCUUUAUAAUCUGCGAGCAUCAAACUGCAAUAUGUGUUUCUUGGGCGUUUUACAUUCACUACCAACCGCUAUCUUUCGUCCGCCUGCAAUAUACGCUUCAAAUACAAGGAAAUAUGACUGGUUGAGAGCGAAUAUCAAUGGUGAAACUGACCCAUUACUCGAGACAGCCAUGAAAGCAGCAUCACUUCGUUUCCAGGAGACGCAUAGGCCAGAGCCGCUUUUUGUUGAUCCAUAUGCUGGUUGCUUGAUUGAUCCUACUGUACAGAUGGAUUUGAAGAAGUACCCUCACCAUUAUUGCCUUGCAACAAAAUUCAUUGAUGACAAGUUACUGCAUACAGUGAACAAUAUUGAUGGACUCAAGCAGGUUGUUUUGUUUACAGAUGGGAUGGACACUCGACCAUAUAGGCUAAAUUGGCCAACUUCUUCUAUAAUAUUUGAUAUAUCUCCAGAAAGGAUAUUUAAGAAAUCAGAUGAAAGGCUUAAAGGUGUUGGAGCUAAGAUUCCAAGAAAUUGCAUGUUCCUUCAUGUUCCAUUGGAGUCCUCUAAUAUACAACAGAAUCUGCAAGCAAAAGGCUUCAAUGGUAAUGAGCCAAGUAUAUGGGCCAUUCAGGGACUGUCCAUUAUGACUUUGGCCAGUUUAGAAGAAAUUUUGUUCAUUGUUAGUAGUUUGGCUAUGAAUGGAUGUCUAUUAUUGGGAGAACUGCCUGCAUUAUUGGCAGAAACCGAAAUUGGGAGGAAGUCCAGCACAGAGAAAUGGAUAGACAAACUUUUCAUGACCAAUUGUUUUCGGGUGGACGUGAUUAGCUAUGAUGAAGUUGCAAGUAGUUUGGGCAAGGAAUUAGCAACAGGAGACUACAAGAAUAUACUUUUUGUUGCAGAACAGUUGCGAUUUUCAGAUGAUCAGAUGGAAACCUGGAGGAGAGAAUUCCAGAGGAUAGAGGAAGAAGGGGAUGAAGAAGGGUUUGAGGAACUCUAAAUGUGUUAGAGGGUGAUAAGAACCUAAUGAAAUAUAUCAUCUUUUAGUGGUUCCACUAGUUUCUGAGCCACCUCAUGAAAUUGAUGUGUAAAUAAUGCAUGUACAAUUUUCUGCAUCCGAGGGGCCAAAAACCCUGAGGGACCGAAAUGGAAACAUGGGUCAUGUCCUUGUUUUUCCC